UGUCGGGACUCCUCGCCUUGUCUUGGGCUCAAAUGAGCUGUUUGCUGUUGUAGAAAACAUUAGUGCUCCAUCGAGCAGUCCGGGGACUCCACAUCUCAACUUUUUUUUAAAUGUAUGUGGUAGGGGGGGUUUCUGUACUUUGACGGAGCCCCACACUGUGGACAUUUAACAGAAAGUCGCCCAAUUGUUUUCUUUAUUUCUACUUUUUUUUUCCGGGGGGUUUAUCACUCUCAAAAGUGUAACAUACCGCGGUUGGGAAGACGUAGACAUGCCUCAGCUCAGCAGCGGCGGCGGGGACGACCUGGGAGCCAAUGAUGAGAUGAUAGCGUUCAAAGACGAGGGAGAACAAGAGGAGAAAAUCCAAGAAAACGCGUUCACCGAGAGGGACCUGGCCGACCUCAAGUCCUCUCUGGUGAACGAGUCGGAAAUAAAUCAAAGUCCGAACGCAGCGGCGGUCAGACGGGGACAGCAGGGCGAGCAGAGGGGCUUCCCGGACAAACACCGGGAGCAUCUCGACGGCGUGUCGAAGCAACAAGAUGGAGGCAUGUACAAGUCGCCGGCAUACCCGGGAUAUCCAUUCCUGAUGCUGCCGGACCCCUACCUCCCCAACAGCUCAGUUUCACCAUCUUCUAACAAAGUGUCAGUAGUGCAGCAGUCUCACGGGAUGCACCCACUGACGUCCCUCCUGCCCUACAGCAACGACCACUUCAGCCCAAGUCCUCCACACCUGCCCACAGACAUGACCCAGAAGACAGGCGUUCACAGGCACCAGUCCCAGGACCUCUCAGGGUAUUACUCCCUCCCUCCAGGCGGUGUCGGACAGAUCACUCCCUCUAUGGGCUGGCAGAGCCAGCCAGUCUAUCCUGGCCUGUCCUCCUGUGGAUUCAGGCAGUCCUACUCCUCCAACCUCUCCAGCGCUUCCUCCUACUCCAGGUUCCCUCACUCUCUGAUGCUGGGCCCAUCAGGCAUGCACCCGACAGGAAUCCCCCACCCUGCUAUAGUUCCCCCCACAGGCAAGCAGGAGCAUGACCAGUAUGACAGGAGCAUGUAUGUGAAACCGCAGAUGGAGGCCAAGCGCGAGAAGGAGCCCAAGAAGCCAGUCAUCAAGAAGCCACUGAAUGCCUUCAUGCUGUAUAUGAAGGAGAUGAGGGCGAAGGUCAUUGCAGAGUGCACGUUAAAGGAGAGCGCCGCCAUCAACCAGAUACUGGGACGGAGGUGGCAUGCACUGACCCGGGAGGAACAGGCCAAGUACUACGAGUUGGCCAGGAAGGAGAGACAACUUCAUAUGCAGCUCUAUCCCACCUGGUCUGCCAGGGACAACUACGAGGCGGGCCUUAGCGGGGUCGCAGGGGAAAAGAAUAAAGCUGAUUGGGGCAAGAAGAAGAGGAGAAAAAGGGAGAAACAGCAGGACUCCAACACAGACCCAGGCUCUCCUAAGAAAUGCCGGGCUCGCUUCGGCCUCAACCAACAAACCGACUGGUGUGGUCCUUGCAGGAGGAAAAAGAAGUGCAUUCGCUACCUUCAAGGAGGAGGCUGCCCCAGCCCAACUUCUUCAGAUUUAAGUGCUAUAGACUCUCCCCCGUCCCCCUCCCCCAUCUGUCACCGUCUCCUCCCCUCCCACCACCGCCACCAGCACCAACAGCAGCAGCAGCAUCAGCCGUCAUCAUCAUCAUCUCCGGGUUGCUCCCCGCCGCCACCGCCCGCCUCCCCUUCCUCACGCCUCCGCCUGUCCCCACCAGUGCACACACGCUUGCACACACGCCUACCGGUGGAGCCGCCCACAGGCAAGCGAGGCUCUGCCCACCAGCCCAAACACAGCCACAACACACACCUGGAACUGAGCAGCAAGCAGACACACAUCUCUGUGACGCCACUGUCCGCCGCCAAGGCCGCAGGACUGUCUCUCAAAGUUCUAACGGAGACUCAGUGAUCGCCCCAGAUCAAAGCCACACCCUCAUCUUCAUGACCAGAGCUCAUCUUCAUCACACCACUGUGUUCGGUGGUGUCGGAGUCUGACUGUGGCAGAUCAGGACGGAGAAAAGACACGUGAAGGUUCAGUGUGGACAUUUAGGAGGAUCAAAGUCAUCAAUAUGUUCAUUAGUGUCAAAUCACAUCUAAACAGAGAAAAGGACUUUAUACCUUAGAGAGUCGGCGUUCAAGUGUUCAUGGUUCUACAGUAGCUCCAAACAGGUGUCUUCUUUCAGUCUUUCCUAGGUUUUGCAGGAUGGAUAUUUCAGAUUCUUAUCACCUCAAACACCAAAUUUCAUGUCUGCUUUGAUUCAUGUUACAUUAUUAGUGUUUUUGCAGUGAAAUCACAAAAUAUUCCAGAGAGAAUAAAAAUGUCCUAAAUGACUAAAAAACAACAUACUCAAAAGUAUGUGUCAACUGGUAAUAUAUGGUUCAACAUGUAUCAUCAAACUGCUAUGAUUGGGAAAAACCAGCCAGAAACUACAAUAAUUGGGACAAUUUGCAGAAAAGUUCUAAUGCUGGAUAAAUGUGCAAGUUUGUGUAGAAUUUGCGGUGACUAAAUUUGUUCUAAUUGGCAUUCCUCAAGGGACUGUUUUUUUCUGUUUUUCCUUUUCUAAAUGUUCAUUCCAUUCAUCUACCAUAUCUAAGUUUGGACCAGAGAUGAGAUUACCUCAACUAAAAAACCCUGAACAAACUAAAUAAACUAGUGAGGGACAAUGAUAGGGGUUCAGUUGGUUGUAAUAUUCAACUUCACCACUAGAUGCCACUAAAUCUCACACAUUGAACCUUUAAACCCAUCAUGUCUGAUAUCUUGAUAGUCUUUAUUCUGGAGCUGGAAGCUUCAAAUUCUAAGCCUAUCUGACAAAACUCCUUUUUCUACAACCAAACCUGAUAAAAGAAGUGCUGAAGCAAAAGAUUGUGAUUCAUGUUUUUUGUGCUUUUUCAGUCAUUUAAGGUCAAAGCCUGAUGACUAAUCUAACUAGUCUAAAAGUGGCCUGGACUACAAAGCAAGGAUAGUUUAUCAUUGGCAAAAACUGUGAGACAACGCACAGAAACAUGUCUAUAGCUGUAUAUUUCUCACCAGAAGAAUAAACUUUAAUCAUAAACGUAUCUGAGGAAUUAAAAACUAGAGCACAGACUGAAAGGGACACAGCUGCUGCAGCCAAAACCACAAAGAAAACCUGAAACUGAACUGAAAUGUUCACUCAGUUUCCAGUUUGACAUCAUCAGGGCAGUGGAUCAGACUCAUUACAAAUAUGUUAACAUUACAUCGGAUGGAUCACUGUAUUUAUUAGACAGACUUCAACUUUCAAUUCAACCCAGUUACUGUUAAUGUUGAUUUCAGCUUCUUCCCACUGACUCUCAGCUUCCUAAAAGACUCCAAACGAACUCCUCUGCAGAUGUUACUGAGCAUCCAGGUGUUCUCAUCCACUUUUCUGUUCAGAUUUCAAUGCCAUUUUCAGUUCUCCUGUCACAAGUAAACGAUAAACCAUGAGAUGUACUGAGCACCAGCUUGACCAGCAGAACCUCAGCUCUGUGGACAAACACACAUCAACCACUUUUAAAAAAGCUGACUUUACUUCAACAUUUGUGCAGGUUUACCUUGAUAUUUACAGUAGAUUGUGAUCAGGAAAAAGGUUCCUUCUCUUUCAGGCACAGGCUGAGCUAUCGCUGAUCAACAGUUACAUUUUCAGUUUGUUUUUUGUCUAUUCCUUAUUUUAUUCUUUCAUAUGAAUCCCAUGUGGUUUUGUCAAAUGUUUUGCUGGUGUGAAAGGAAUUUAGUUUUUUCCUUAUUCUCUCAUGACUGAAAGUUCUGCAGCUGUGUAAACUAAUCUAAGACCAAAUGGGUACUAUUAUAUUUCAUUGUGUUGUAAAAUUUUAUAAAUGUUGGAAUCCCCUGUUAUAAUUAAACUUUUAUAUGUUUUUAUGGAAAAUGGAAAAAAAACGCAACUAAAAAAAAGAUUCUAUUUUCGACUGUUUCUUAAAGCAAUACAUUUUGUGUUUGUUCUCUUGUUCUGAAUUUGUGCAUGUUCCAACUUUAAUGUAACAAAUACAUUUUGACUAAAAGGCUUUAAUUUCCUUUAAAGCUUACAGUGUCUGACUGUUGUCAUACUGUAAGUUGAGCUUUUUGUACAGCUGUUUUUGUCCAGCAGAGGGCACUCUUGUGUUACAAUUAAAUAAAAUGCUGAGGUCAUUCACACUAGUGAAAACCUCAAAUCUGUCUUUUGUAUCUUGACGCUGCAUUGAACCCCCCUGAUGUAUUACUUGUUUGACUAUUUUGUUUGAUGUAUUAAAGUGUUUUAAUAUUUCUCUGUGUCUAAAGUGUACUUUACAAACUGGGAAACCUUGGGUGGAAAAAUGACAAAACUACCAACUGUUUUGUAUGUUUUAUUUGCUCCUUCAAUGUAUUUGAUCAUCCUGAAAACCAGCUUAUGAGACACACUUCCAAUUCAAUACAACAUGAAUCAGGAAUGAGUUAUCCAGUGCUGUGUGUUCUCACACACACACCUCUGACAUCGAGUCCAAACAUUAGGC